AUGACAGUUCCAGGCGACGUCACCACCGUCGCAACAACGUACGGUGCAAUCCUGUUGGGUACUUGCCUCGGAUGCGCCCUCACCGGGCUCGUGUUCGUGCAAUGCGUUUUGUAUUACAAGCUUUACCCUGGUGAUUAUGCAUGGACAAAAUUCCUGGUCUUCCUUGUCUGGGCACUCGACUUGACGCACACAAUACUAAUUGUUGUUACGGCCUGGCAAUCGGUCAUUACAGGCUUCAAUAAACCCGAGGACAUGGAUCUUAUACCUCCCGCGCUAGGGGCUGUCACUGCCGCCGUCACGUUCCUUGUUCAUUGGUCAGUUGCUGCCUGUAUCUCUGGUGACGGUGCUCACGGGAUACCGCCAGCUUCUUCGCUAACAGAAUUCGGAAACAAGUGGUACAUUGCUGUUCCAGUUGUUAUCCUUGCUUUCUGUCGACUGCUUGCCGCCUGCUGCUCAACCUCUGAGAUCAUCCAUCUCAAACAUUACUCCUUAUUCAUCCGCCCGUAUCCAGCUUGGAUUUUCACCGUUGGUGUCACCUUGUCUGCGUCUGUCGAAAUCAUCAUUACCACAACCAUGAUCAUCUUCCUUGGAAGCAGGAAGACUGGAUUCGCGAACAUGAACCAUAUCAUCAAUUCCUUGAUUUUAUAUACCCUGGAAACCGGUUCAGUUACAUCUAUUGUAACCGUUGCUUCUUUGAUUUGUUGGCUCAUCAUGCGACACAAUUUGAUUUUCCUCGGCAUGCAUUUUGCAAUUGCUAAACGUGUGUUCUCUGUAUUUUCUCUCGUCGGAAACUUAUUCCUACCGAUUACAGUAUACGCAAACUCCCUUCUCGCCACGUUAAACACUCGCAAGCGUCUGCGUGUAGAUCGUAUGUAUUCGAGUGAGCGUGAUCAGACUGGCGGCCUCGCUGCUGGUCUACCCUACAGUGGUGUCAACAAGAGCCACGUUUCGCAACGUAUACUUGGACCUACCACUACCCAGAAGAGUAUGCAGCUCAAUGUGAACGUUGAAACAACGGUCGUGUCCAAGAUCGACGAAGGCUUCAAUGACUUCGAUCACGAUAUCGAAGACCAACGUGAUAGCCUGACCGAGUUUGAGAAAGAUGAGCACAAAUUAGGGGAACUCCGAGGCAGUUCUGAGAAAGAACCGAAUGUCCAUUUUCCUUGA